GAUCGAUGGACCCGAUUUCGCUGGUGAAAAUGACAUGACGUUACAACCUCCACACACCUGCAAUGAUCAUUCCGAACGAACCGCAACAACAUGAUGUCCCUGCCGCCUCAUUCCUUACGACCCGCAGGGCAGCCUGAGGCAUGAGAGAUGCUUUCACUCCGCACCGCAGCCAUCGUAACCCGAGGUUGUUGUUCCCCCAGCCCCAGUCCCAGCACCACCACCACGGCAGCCACAGCAGCUUUCACCUCACCCAAACCGGAACAAUUCCGGGGCGGGAUCUACCGCCGCCAACGCUCACUGGCAACGGCAGCCCGCGCGUCUGUUGAUGGCAGCGGCGCGUGUCACCAAAACACUCCAGCGCAUUCCUUGAACAAUUCCAGUGGUGCAGGCGAAAUCACGUUACUGGCGUCGCUGCAGCGUGCAUAUCGUCGCCGUCGUCGCAAACCACCGCAUGCGCCGCCAAUCUAUCCUUUAUACCGCUUCAUCCUGCUCAUCUCUUCCACUUCUUUCCUUGUCUUAGUAUUGCCCGACACUCACACCCUGGACCCGGUGUACUGCAUCGCUGGCGGUGAAUGUGCAGACGGCCCACAACCAAAACCAUCCGAUAUGGACUACUCCUCCGCGGCGACCAUGGAAAACGCCAGGCCCUCUGGCUUGAAACGGCCGUCCAAAUUGCCUGCCUUCAAUGGCACCAUGACUCGGACAUUGCUUCAAGAGACGACCGCCAGUGAUCUCAAUUCUCGCUUGACGGGUCAAGUCAUGAAUUUCCAACAGCCUCAGGUCAAUCCUGCUACCAACAAACACAAGAUCACCGGACUACCCGAGCCACCAACAAAACGCAAGACCCUAGUCGAACGUGCUGGGGAGCCUCCGGCGACGACCCUGAAAUCUCAGAUUCCUGGCAAAGCUGGAAAUGUAGCAGCUUUUGGUCUGCGACAACCCGGUUCACUCCUCACGCACCGCGCCCAAUCAAAUACACCUGCAAUCAGCUAUCAAAAUGGCAAUCGGCCCGCCAGUCGACAAGCAAAUGUCUCCCGAGCCAUGGCACCUCCACGGCCACCGAGCUCAGCCGAGGUUCUUGGGAAUGGUUACGAUCAAGAGUCGGAUCAGGAAUCAAGCAUGUCAGGCUCACGCAAAGCCUGGGACACGCAGGGUCGUCUCGACGACAUGGAGCGCAUGUAUUCACGCUUGCGAUCUCAGAUGGAGUCAGCCUCUGACUCUAAGAACGCAAUUGAGGAGUCUCUUGCCAUGUACAAGACACGAGUGCAAGAGAUGACUUCGGAGAACCGCGAUCUCUCCCACUCAAAUCGCACGCUCGGAGCCGAUCUGGAUCGGGCGCGAAACGAGCUUCACACCAUUUCAACAGAUCUUCGACAAGUCCGUCGCGAUCACGAACGUGAGACCGCGGACACAGAAAAGAAAUAUCAACGAGAACUUGCGGAAAUUCAACUAAGAAACGAAAAGGAGUUGCUUCGGUUUGAGCGGGAGCGGGAAAAGACCGCUGAUAGACAUGCGCGUGAGCUGGAAGAAGAGAAGAAAGCUUGGCUGAAGCAGAAAGACCAAGAAACGGCCGACAUGACAUCACAACACUGGGAUGAAAUGGAGGAAUUGCGGGUAGAGCACACUCAGGCAAUCGCUAAAUUGCAAAAGGAGCUCGAUGGACUACGACAGGCAGGCGAAAGCCGAGCGACAGAGACAGCAAGCGAGGUGCAAAUACUAAGAGAGUCCUUGACGAGUUUACAGAGUCAACUAGAUGCAAACAAUACGACGAUGGACAGCCUACGGAGUCGAAUCACUACUUACGAGGCUAAGAUCACUGUGCUUGAGCAGGAAAAGCUAGGAUUAGUCUCCAAGGCGCACUUCUUGGAGGGCAAUCAAGAGAUGCAGAGCCAAGAAUUCACAACAAUGAGCCAGAAAUUGCAAGAUGCCGUCGAAGCACGCGAGAAGGCAUUGGAAAUUCUGCGCAGAGAGGAGGCAUUGCGACGAAAGCUCAACGCGACAAUCCUCGAGCUCCGCGGCAACAUCCGAGUGUUCGUACGUACACGACCACUGCUAGGAGAGGAGACCGAGCCAUGCAAGAUAGAUCUGCCAGACGCAGACUCAUUGGAUGGUUGCAAGGAAAUGGUAGUACACGCGCCCACCACUCAGACCGCGACCGGUAAACAGGUCAACAACAAGCACAGUUACGCAUUUGAUCGUGUCUUCUCACCUGGUACACCCAACUUGAAUGUCUUUCAAGAAUGCCAGGACCUCAUUCAGUCUGUGGUCGAUGGAUACAAUGUCAGCAUCCUCUCGUAUGGCCAAACCGGUAGCGGAAAGACAUACGGAAUGUCGGGACCUGACGGCAUCAUUCCCUCUUCAAUCCGCUUUUUGAUGUCAGAAAUGUCUCGUCUGAAAGAGAAGGGCUGGGAGUAUGCAAUCGACGCCUCUUUUGUUGAAGUCUACAACGAGACCAUCAACGAUCUUCUCGGCGAUGCCAAAACAUGGGAGAACGACGAGGAUGCCGCCGAUCUUCCUCUGGCAGCGAGCACUCGCAGCGGCAGGAAGAAGGAAAAGCACGCCAUCCACCAUGAUGAUGCGACCGGCAAGACCACAGUGACGGGCCUCACCAGUGUCAGCCUCUGGCCACCUCCAUCCUCCGACUCGACCAGCACUGUUGAGGACGACGCGACCUACACCACCGAGGCCAUCAACACGCUCCUCGACACUGCCUCAAGAAACCGCCGUGUCGCAGCUACCAAAGCCAACGAACGCAGCUCGCGUAGUCACAGCAUCUUCAUCCUCACCCUCCGCGGCAACUGUCCAGCUACUUCGGAGACAUCGGAAGGUAUCCUCAAUCUGGUGGAUCUCGCAGGUAGUGAACGCCUGAAGCAGUCUGGCGCAGAGGGCAAUCGCAUGAAGGAAACACAGGCCAUAAACAAGAGCCUGAGUGCACUAGGCGACGUAAUCGCCUCCCUCGGCGCCCGCGGAGGCGGUUCUGGAAAUGGAGAAGGCCAUGUUCCGUAUCGGAACAGCAAGCUGACCUAUCUCCUCCAAUCUUCCCUCGGCGGGACCUCUUCCGCCGGCAAAUCCUCCCGUACCCUCAUGUUGCUGCAUCUCAGCCCGUUGCAGGCUCAUUGGCAGGAGUCGAGGAGCAGUCUUUUGUUCGGAAGCAAAGUCCACGGGACGCACAUUGGUACUGCGAAGAAAAAGUAGAUGCUCAAAAAAGAAAAUCUGGGUCAUGAUGAAUUGUCCAUAUUUUCUUGUCUGGUUUGAGGAGUGCUGGAGUCGGUAUUUUUUGUUCUUCUCUUCCGAAAUUGGUCAGGCAAUGAAGGAAAUGAGAAAAGUUCCGAAACUUUGCAUGAAUGGAAGGAUUUAUGAUCAGUCCCGUAUCGUGACGAUAGUCUUCUUGCUGCGAUGAGAAUCAUAAUCUCUGGGAGUUUCGCGAACACGUGAUCUUGAACAAGCAUCUAGACAUUCUCAUGGAUAGUGUGGAUUCUCGUAUUCAUCUUUAAUAUCGUUUGCGAAUUCCUGUCUGAAUAAAGAAAAGAAAAGAUAUUUGCCUCCAGAA